AAAGGGCUGGGCCACAAUUGAGAGCAGGAAGGUGCGACGCCCAAAAAGGUCCCCUUCCUCACUGGGGAAAACUAAGGCCGGGGAGGCGGUGGGAGGAGGUUUGAAGGCGACGCGAAGAAGUCGAGCAGCGGCAGCCUGAGCUCUGAGGCUAUUCCUGCGGUUGAGGCUGGAGGCGCAUCCGCGAUGUCGGGUGGGGGCCGGAGCCGCUGCCCGGACUGCGGCUGCGCGGAGCUGGUGGAGGACUCGCACUACGCGCAGAGCCAGCUGGUGUGCGCCGACUGCGGCUGCGUGGUGUCGGAAGGGCUGCUCACCACCACCUUUGCGGACGAGGGCCACCUCCAAGAAGUGACAUAUUCCAGGAGUACAGGGGAGAGCGAGCAGGUCAGCCGCAGCCAGCAGAGAGGGCUUCGCCGGGUUCGAGAUCUCUGCCGAGUUCUGCAGCUGCCGUCGACUUUUGAGGACACUGCAGUGUCCUACUACCAACGAGCAUUCCAGCACCCUGGCCUCCAUGCUGCUAGGCUCCAAAAGAAAGAAGUAUUGGUGGGCUGCUGUGUGCUGGUCACCUGCCGACAACAUAAUUGGCCGCUGACCAUGGGCACUAUUUGUGCCCUGUUAUAUGCCAACUUAGAACUGUUCUCUGGCACAUACCUGCAGAUAGUAAAGGUCCUAGGACUGGACGUUCCUGCCUUGAGCUUAGCAGACCUAGUGAAGACUUAUUGUAGCAGCUUCAAACUAUUCCAGGCUUCCCCCUCUGUGUCAGUCAAAUUUGUGGAAGACAAAGAGAAAAUGGUGUCCCGGACAUUACAGCUGGUAGAGCUGGCAAGUGAGACGUGGCUGGUGACAGGAAGGCACCCUGUGCCAGUGAUAACUGCUGCUGCCUACCUGGCCUGGAGAUCCCUGCAGCCUGGGGGCCGACUGACCUGCUCCCUUUCCAGAUUCUGCAAGUUAGCAGGUGUUGACCUGCCCCAUCCAGCAUACCUCCGAGUUCAGGAACUGCUGGACAUACUUCUGCGGAUGGCGGGGCAGCUGGCCUGGCUGCGGAUAUUGAACUUAGAUAAGCAAACAGUAGUGAAGCAUAUUGGGGACUUGCUCCAGCACCGGUGCAUUCUCCUUCGUCAGGCUUUUCGGGAUGAAGCUGAAGAGGAGGAAGGAGAUGAGCAGCAACAAGAAGAAGGGGAGGAAGCAGGGAGCAGUACCUUAGAGAUGCCUGAAAAGAAAAGGCCAGCUAGCUCCCCACCUCCUCUGCUCCCUCCUUGCAUGCUGAGGCCUCCAAAGCGGCCCUGUCCCACACCUGCUGAUUCCAGAGUUACUGGGGAGGAGGAUAUAUCUGACAGUGAGAUCGAGCAGUAUUUGCGCACACCUCGAGAAAUCAAAGACUUCCAGAGGGCCCAAGCUGCGAGCCAGGCUGGGACAAGUGCCCCCAUCACUUCCUGACCAAACUCCUCACUGGAGGACUUUGCACAUGGCCUGGAGCUCUGGUCCCCCCAGAGUAGCACAGUGGGGAGAGUGCUGGCUGUAGAAGACCUUGGUUAGAGUUCUGUUCCAGCUUGCCAUAUGAUCUUGAGCAAGUCAUGUCAAAUUGGCUAUGGGAAUAAAUGAUCUCAAGGUGCUCUCUAGCUCUAACUUGCAAUUCAGCGGUACUACAGCAGGAACUAGUCCUGUGCAGGGAAGACAAUCGAGGGUAUAUCAUUUACCACAAUAUGAUCUAAGCAUAAGAGGUUGCUCUGUGUGACUGGUACCAUGUCCUAGAAGAGCAGGAACGAAUGCAUGGAGUGAGCAAUAUGUUGGUUGCAUUCCUCUGUCCUUGACAGCAUGUUGACUUAGUAGGAAUAUUCUGACUGUGGAGUAGGACCUAGUACCUUUGAUUCUUUACUUGAGAUCAUACCAUUUUAUCCUAUCCACAGGCUAAAAUUUAAGGUUUUUUGCUAAAUGAUCAAGUGGUCUAGUCUAUUACAGAUGAAACCCAUGGAUUUGGGGGUAAGACAGG